GGUUUGGUCAGGACUUUUGUACAUUGGCAAGAGUCUCCUCUAGGGGAAAUAACGAGAGGGUAAAAGCUGGUGGGGUUUCUGGUACAUGCUCUCAGCUGCUGCCUUGGGCUGGGACGCGCUGGGUAGCGCUAGGACCUGGGCAGCUCUCCUCCUGCCUCCUCCCAAAGGAUUAGCCAAUAUUCCCAGGGCAGGGCGAGCUCCCCAGCCUUGCUACUUUUUCUUUCCUCUAUAUACGUGUUUGUUUUUUUUUUUUUUCUUCUUCUAGCUCAUUCCAGAGUGGAGAGAGCAGCUUUGGAUUUCUCCGAGCGUCUCUCCCUCUCUCUCUUUUUCCCAUUUUUUUUUUUCUUCCCCUUGCAGCUGGAGCGCUGCCAGUGUCUUGCAGGGCCGGUGGUUUAUCUGCAGGCGCAGAUUUCGCACCCCAGCCCAGCAGCACGCAGGCUGCCUGCGAGCCAUCCCCGGCAGCAAGAGGGGUGUGUGCCCCGGAGGAGAGGGGAGAAGAGCGAUAAAAGACUCGGAGAUCACACCUCAGCCCAGAAAAAUAAAGGAGAGUUCGGAUCUCUCGGCAUGAGCAGCGUCCGAGCGGCACCCCGGGACCUGCUGGAUCCUUGCACGUAAUAUGACCGAUGUUGAGCCUUUCCUCUGCCUCCCCAGAGCCGAGCUUUUGGAUUUAAGGUAGCUGGCCCGAGGAGCAGCCCUCACAAUGUUGGCCGAGGCAGUGCUUGCGCUCGGUGUCUGGCUGCAGCUGGUGGCGGGGCAGGAGGCACAUUGCAGAGGUGCCCAGCCCUCCAUCUCCAACUCGGAGGGAGAUGUCCUCUUCUUGCUGGACAGCUCUGGCAGCGUCUCCUACUACGAGUUUUCCAAGGUGAAGGAAUUCAUGUCGGACCUCAUGAAGCCUUUCACCUUUGGCCCCAGAGACGUGCAGACCAGCAUCAUCCACAUCAGCACCACCCCCACCAUGGAGUUCCCCUUCGACCGGUACCAGUCGUGUGAGGCGGUGCAGCAAGCCAUCCACGACACCCAGCAGCUCAUGGGUGACACCAACACGGGCCAAGCGCUCUCCUACGCCAAGGAGAAGUUCUUCAGCAACGAGGCCGGUGCCCGGCCGGACGUGCCCAAGGUUCUGGUUUGGGUGACGGAUGGUUUCUCCACCGAUGACAUCUCCGAACCCAUGCAGCUCCUGAAGGACAUGGGGGUGACGGUGUUCAUCGUCAGCACCGGGCGGGGGAAUUACCUGGAGCUCUCUGCUGCUGCCAGCCAGCCUCCCGAGAAGCACCUGCACUUUGUGGACGUGGAUGACAUGACCAUCAUCACAAAGGAGCUUCGGGAUGCUAUGCUAGAUGUUAUCCAAGCCAAUCGGCUCCAUGCAGUGGAUAUCACCUCAAGCAGCUUCCGUCUGUUGUGGCCCAAACUCCUCUCCCAAGAAACUGGGUUCUACACCCUAGAGUACGCCCCGACAAUCAAUCUGGCAAGCAAGAGGACAACGCAACUCUCUGGGGCUCACACCAGCUUCACACUGAGCAACCUCGCACCAGAAACCACUUACGAGGUGGCACUUGUUCCUGAAUCCAACGUCCACUACUUCCCUCCCCAGACAACAAGGGUCACCACCCUGGCAGAGGAAAUCACUCCUGCUCAGGUUCUCAUCUCGGAGUCCAGUCCACACAGCUUCCAGGUCAGCUGGGCUCCUACACCGGACAGCGUGGCCGCCUACCAGAUCCUGUACGGGCCGCUCCCUGGGGACUCGGCGCAGCUGCUGGAGGUGGAUGGCAAGCGAAACAGCACUGUGGUGGAGAACCUGGCACCCAACACCACCUACCUGGUGACGGUGACUGCGAUCUACAGGUCAGGAAAGGAGAAAUCCCUGUCAGCUAAAGCGUGCACUCAGGAAGAGGGCUCCAAAGUGAGGCACCUUCGUUUCGAAGACAUGGGCUCCAACACCCUGAAAGCCUCCUGGGACGCUGCUGACGGGAAGGUCCUGGGUUACCGAGUCAGGUGCCGGAGGCAAACGGGCCCUUCGUCCCUCAUCAGCGUGUCGCCACAGAUCCACAGCGUGCUCCUCACCGACCUGCCUUCAGGCACCACCAACAAAGUGUGCGUGAAGCCCAUGUACAAAAACCAGCCGGGCAAGGGGCUGUGCCGCGUGGUGCGCAUGCAGCCGGCUACAGAAGCCCAAGGAUAUAGGCACAGAAAGAGAGCAUGACAGUCCUGAGACUGAACUGAUCCCCCACAGAGCAAGGGAUCUCGCUUGGACAAAGACUUGGAUAAAACGGAGGGGUCUGCAGAGGAAGCCAGAAAGCUCACGGAUCAUUUCCCAGCCUGCACUGUCAGCUGAGCUGUCCUGGUUGUCACGCCUAAGGCUGUCCUAUGUCAAGUUCUUGCAAAGCUUAAAGAUCUGGUUUGGCUGAAUGGAACCAACAAUCCAACUGCUAGAUGCCAAAUCUGUACCCUCUCUUGUACAAAAACAUGCCUGACAAACAACAAACAAAAGCAACCCAAUGAAUCCUCACUAUUGCUUUCUUAUUUCCUAUUCUCUAUUUAUUAAAUGUUGAUACAGUUGUAUUUUUGCAGCCUAUGAGCAUGUUCAAGACAGCUGUUUACUGCACUGGCCUUUUAUUCUGGGCACCUGCACUCAGAGAGAGAUUACAAACUGUCAAUAGCCAUUGAUAUUGGCAAAGAGCAGCUUUCCUCCAACUCAUUCAUUGUAUUCAAUAGGUAUUGCAAAUUAGGCAUCCCAAAAGUAUAGUGUCUCAGGGAUGGAAGGUGAAAGCACUAGGAGAAAGAAUAACAUGUACAGAGAAUGUAAAGUACACAGAGGAGACCUGGUCAAAGCCACCAGGAUAUCUGAGAAGAGGAAGAAAAGAGGUUAUUAACCCACUUGGUCUGUGGCCAGGACAUGGAAACACUUUAUAAAGGACCUGCCUUCUACAAAGUGCAAGAAUAAUCUAGUUUUUCCAGUGGGUCUUUGUUUUGUGGCAGAACUUGGUCGGUGAACUCUGAGGAAUGGAACAACAGGACCAUGCCAGGCCAGGGCUGACAAGUACUGCCGAUGAGUGCUCUAGGAGAAAGGUUUGUUCAUGUCUGCCUGCUGAAUUCUUGAGUCUCAUCAACACGCACUGGUGCUAAGUUUGUCUGCUGCAGUAACUUACAGAUCCCAGCUGGACUUUGAAGGAUUCAGUUCCCCCGAGUCAUUUGCUUUGGGAUCUGAUAACAGCCUGAGAGAGGAUAAAACUCAGAAAAAGUGGGAAUUUACUUCCCCAGCAGGCUACUCUAAUCCAAAACUUUAAGCCCUCAGCUGAGCUCAAGGAGCAGCAGUGAGUCCAGAAAGGCCAGACUGUAAGGCCAUCUAAAGCAGUUAUUUUGGUUUCUCAUUCAAACACGCACCUCCAAACAACACAACAGGGUACUACUGCCUGGAUUGUGACCACUGAAUUACUGUGGCAUACCUGCAAUCAGUUGCAUCCAGUUAGGUAUGAGUCUUGCCACCAGAGCAGCAAUAUUGAGAUUAAUUAGCCUGUUCUAUGGCUAAUUAGGGGCUGUAAGUCUCCAGCACUAUCAUUCCAGGCUUUGUCCUCUGUGCUCUGAAGACUCCUAAAAGAUCUUUAAAUCGUCUUGUCCUGGGCUCCUACUCGGUGCUAAGCUUUAGCUGCAUUUAGAAUUCAGGUUUUUAUGGGAGAAGAAUGGAUCUGAUUCUUUUUUUUUCUUCUUCUUCUUCUUUUUAUUAUUAUUUUUUUUUUUUCCCAAGCCCCAUGCUUGAGUUGGCUGUCACUAAGCUACUUCUCAAAAAGGGGAGUUGGAAGAAAAAAAAAAAAAAAAAGACAAUUUUAGUAAUUAGUGACAAAGCCGUUUGAGAAGCACAGUUCCUAAAUUCAGGGCUUAUGCCUAUAAAGAAAUAUAGCUACUCCUCUGGUAACCAAAACCAGCACCAGUGGGAACACCUUCCCUCGGUAAUGCUUGCUCUGUUUUAAAUUUAUUGCUUAUUUGUUCUACACACAGAACACUUUUUUAAAGCCGUGCUUGGAGAGAGAGCCUCAACACACUGUCAUUCCACCCUGCAAACCCUCCAUAGUUCUGCUUAUGGACUCUUUAAAAAGAGUUCCUUUUGGAGCUGAGGGGAACUUUGUCACUGAGCUCCGAACUCGUCACGUCCAGGUUUAUGGAACAUUUGCCUUGGGCUGUCUCCUUGCACAGGAGGAAAGGAUGGAAGGGAGAUGAGUCAUUCAUUAACUCGAUACGGAGAUUUCUUAUGAUUUGUGUUUUCCUUUGGAAUGUGUAUUUGUGACUGAUUAAUCUUAAUAGAGACUGUGCUGAGGGAAAGAUAAAGCCUCUGGAAACUCUCACGCAAUAAGGUAUCUUGUUCAAUCUUGCUGUAGGACAGAGAUUGUUUAAUUUUGCACAACUCCCUGCAUAGCUUACUAAUACAUUCGGAUUCCCCCAAUUGUAACGCACCCUUUUGAAGAUAGUCAAUUAAAUAUAAAAUACAAGAGCUA